AUGAGAGGAAAAGCUCAUGCGGAAUGGAAAAUAGUAGUCAACGGUGAAAAAAGAACCGUUAGAGAUGAUCAGUAUUUUAUGGAUGCAAGAAACGUCAUUUGGGGAAAUGAAAAUGUCGAUGGUAACGUUCCGAUACUUCCGCGUGGAUUUCAUCAAUUUCCGUUUAAAUUUCAAUUACCAGAAUCACAGUUGCCAUGUUCUUUUGAAAGCAAACCCGGAUGCAUUAGAUAUUAUGUUAAAGUCACCGUUGAUAUUCCAUAUGCUUCUCCACCGCAGGGUAUCAAAUAUUUUACAAUUAUCGGACCUCAUAUCGAUUGCAUGGACGAACAAUAUUUGGCGAAUAAAAGAACGACGUGUUGUUUGUGUUGUCAAAGAGGACCCGUCACCCUACACACACAAUUGGAACGUUCAGCCUAUGUUUGUGGUGAAUCUAUAAAGCUCAAAGCAAACAUAGACAAUCAGGGAGAAGAAACAGCGAGGCUUAAAGUCAAAUUAUUACAGUUUGUUGAAUAUUUCAUCGAUAGAGGAGUUUUUGGAACUUCUAAAGAAUUACAACACGUGGUUUUAGAAUAUAAAGGAGACGUGGUACAACCAAAUACUCGUACAAAAUGGGAUUCUAAUCAAUGUUUAAUUGUGCCGACCAUGCCUCCGACCGUUGUGGGUGUUUGCAGGGUUUUACAAAUUUAUUAUGUUCUUAAAGUUAAUUUAGAAUUAGAAAAAUCAGGUGAAGAUUUAUUAAUGCAUUUUCCAAUAACGGUUGCAACCGUACCGUUUAGAAUUCCCAAUACCAACAAUGUGCCUAAAAUAACAUACCGAGUAGCUAGCCAUCACGUCGAAGGUGGAAUGUAUAUCGGACCUGAAUUUUUACUAGGAGAAGUUUACGAUGGAUCGAAUAAUACCCAAGAAACUCGUGAAACAACCGUUUUAUAUCAACCCGUUUACGUAAAUGUCGUCAGAGAGGAAAUGACGUAA